AUGCCGAUCAGACAGAGUUCACGGAACAAAGAUCACAUCCCACUGCUGCGAACGGCGGAGGGAACGGAAAUCUCAGACGAUAAGGAUAAGGGUGAACAUCUCUCUCAGUCCUUCAGAUUCGUCGUGAUAACUGAAACUGAUUUUUUCUCACCCGCUUAUGAAGACGAAGAAACGCCUACCCUCGAAGCAGUCUUCUUCAACGAAACAAUUGUUCGGAAUGGGCUGCUAGACCUGAAAGAAUCGACCUCCCCAGGCCCUGAUGCAAUCCCGUCCCAACUGCCGAAGGAAAUCGUUCCCGAAAUGUCUAGCUCGUUCGCCUUGAUCUUCCAAACGCUAUUUGUUACAGGAUGCUUGCCCUCUGAUUGGAAGGCCACUACUAUCACUCCGCUUUUUAAGGGUGGAGGUCGUGCGUCUAAGAUUAACUACAGGCUAUUGAGUCUUACCUCCAUCCGUUGUCAAAUCAUGGAGAUGAUCAUUAAGAAGGCCUUGAUGCAGGUCCUCGAGCAGCAUCACUUCCUCCCCGAUGCCCAACACGAAUUUCAAAGUGGUAGGUUCUACCUCACGAAUCUGCUAUUUCCGCUCGAACGCUGGACCAAAGAACGCGAUGAAGGCAAUGUGGUGCACACCAUCUACAUCGACUUCAAAAAGGCCUUCGACGUUCCUCACCAACGUCUUUUGCACAAACUGUGCGACGCUGGAAUUUGUGGCGUCUGCUUCUGUGGACCCAGAGCUGUUUGA